CUAAUUUUAUUUGAUAUUUUAGAGAUUAAAACUGCAAAAUUCCCUCCAAAUUGAAUGGACAAUUUUUGUUAAAACCCGCAGAAUGGUACCAGUACCACCUGAAUUCUCUUACAGUUAUAGACUGCAAUUACGUCAACCCCCGGAGUCCCUCACAACCGCCAUUGCACAGAAGCAGAUUCCCCAUUUUCCAUAAAUACGCGCGUGAGGAGAGUGUGUGUGUUUGAGAGAGAGAGAGAGAGAUUUGGGUUGAAAUGGAGAAUAUCGACGAGCAGAGUGAAAACGUAGUACAGCACCCAAUGGAAAACCCUAGUGAGGAAGGAGGAGGAGUAAGAGGAGAGAGCUCUUUUCUGAAGAACGAUUCUUCAGAAACCAGAGAAGAAGGAGAACUCUCUUCAUACGACGACGGCGAUCAAAAUAUUUGUUCCACCGAUCAGCUUACGAGCACCAGUGCUGCUCCACUGGAGCAGCAGGUUCACAUUGAUACAGUGAAUGAGAAUUCCCAGGAUACCCAGGCAGAAAAAUGUACUUCUUCCAGUAAAAUGGGUUGCUCGAUUGAUGUGCCUUCAGGAACUCUUCCAGAAUCAGAUCAUCCGAAGAGCUCUAAAAAGAACCGAGAGCAUUUUGUGCCAUUUCUGAUAAGCUUCUCAGAUGACAGUGGUAGUGAGUGUGAAAAUUCUGGACAGAAGAAAAUCUCAGUAAGUAAAAACCGAACCUCGGCUGCGGAUAGAAGUAAUAAACCACCAGCACCUGCUUCUCGAAGAUCUCAUAAAUUGCACAAGAUUACUAGAAAGGACGCAAAUUUGAUGUCUAGAAAAGGGCCUGCGUCUUCAUUCACCAAAAUUAAAGGAGGCACUUAUGGAAAUGUUGGGCACUUGCAUAGUAUGAGAAACUUUAACAACUCAAAUAAAGUAGCUAUCCUUGACCAUAGGAAAAAAACAAAUGUACAUUCGAACUCUAGCGAAUUGCAUGACUUGCGCCACUUGAUCGCGAUUCGGGAGAGUCAAUUGAAUCUUAAGAGAUCUCAGAAUACCACAAACCUAACUUCAGCUUCAUGUAGGGAUAGAAAUCUUGUCAAUAAAAGGAAUUUGGUGGUGAGGGCAUCCAAAGAAACUACUUAUGAUUAUUUGCAAGAACUAAAAGAACCAGACAACAAACGCCAAAAAAUUGUUUCAGAGAAUCCAAGUUGGGGUUUCUCAAACUCCCAAGAAAUUACGUCUAUGGUCAUAAGAUCAGAAAUGUGUGCAUUAAAGGAUUCCGAUCAACUGGAACGAGCUGAUGAUAGCAGUCAUGGGGAAAAAUAUCCAACUUGCUCAGUCCUUGCUGGACAACUGAAACAAAAUGAGUAUCAGGGCUGUGCUUCUUCAGCAAAUCCACCUCUCUCUCUGAAAGAUGGUAUAGAUGCCGUAAGGAAUCACAAUCAGAAUUUCAACAAUUCGUCAAAAGAAGUUGCAAGUAAAGCUGCCAAUAAAUUGGUCAAGACCAAGCAUGCCAGUGAGCUUAGUGGUCAGUGCAGACAGCCUCUUUUACAGAAGAAAGUGACUUCUGGGCGUGUUGAUGUUAAAGUAACUGCAGAAAGUGACAGCAAUCUAGGCAGAUCUAAUGGAAGCGCACAGAAGCCCGCUCCAGAUUCUAAUGUUAUUGCAGCCUCGACCAAUGGUGCAGGCGGCAAUUUUGGUGCCAAUGUUACAUCUCUGAACUUUCCAAGCAUUUGGAACAGCUGUGACAAGCUAAAUAUUUGUGGGAGUAGCAGCAUAGACUUACAGUCGUUGUUUCAUUUAGAAGAAUUUCAUGAUAAGGAGCUGGGAGAAGCUCAGGAAUAUCGGCACAAGUGUGAGGUUGAAGAAAGAAAUGCUCUGAAAUCUUACCGAAAGGCUCAAAGGGCCUUGCUUGAAGCUAAUGCUAGAUGCUCUCACCUAUACAAUAAAAGAGAACAAUAUUCAGCCCAGCUUCGAGAUCUUAUGAUGGGAAAUCCAAAUUUGUUACUGUCUUCUGGGUUUCCUGACAAAAGUGGAAUUGGGUUGGGCCCCGUACCUGCAAUUUCUGAUGUUAACGUGCAUUUGAUUCCCAGUUCAAGCUGUGCAGUACAGCCUAUAUUCGACUUUAACAAUCAAUAUAGAUGCAAUUUAAAUAUCCAUCCAAACAAUGUUGCUUUUCAAAAUGUCUCUAGUGAUCAAGAGCAUUACAAUUUGGCAUCUGAUCCCGAGCCUGAUGGUAUUACAUUCGAGCCUCAUAAGGAAGAUAAUGAUGCAAAUGACCCGUGCUCCCCUUCUGAGGAUGUUAUUAUGUCUCAAAAUGUGGACGAAGAGACAUUUCUCACCGAGUAUAAAUCUCCAGAAAACAGUCCAGACUAUCAAGGAAAGGCAAAAUCUAGUGUUGAUAUGGAGAAAAGUAUGAAUAAUGCAUCAGAGGGGCAAUCAGCAGUGACUAUUUCUGAGGAUUCUUUACUCCUUGAAGCAUCUUUGCGCUCUCAGCUCUUUGAAAGACUAAGGAUGAGAACUUUGUGCCAGAAGGCGACCCCACAAGAGACCCUGAGAGCUGUAGCUGAAGGGAGAGCAGAAAAUGAUGAGAUUCUGGGAAGGGUGGUAAUAGACAAUAGAUUAUGCUCCGAUUCAGAGAAAGAGAAUGAGCCACAGCAAGGUUCUGACUUGCAAGGCUGUGACAUGACGAGUACGAUGUCUGAGAUACCUGUUGAAGUGGAUCAUCAGUGCACCAAUGAGAAGUUUGGUUCUAAUUUUGCAUCGCUUUCAUCUAAUAUUUGUUUAGAUAGUAGUAUCACCACAGGCGACAACAAAUCUCAGUUUGCAAUCUUGGUCACCUUCUCAUAUCCUAUUCUGAAGAGUGCUAUUUUGCACUUUAAAGUUUCAGAUUCCAUGAAUUUACUCAAAUUACAGAUUAGAAAUUCCAGUGUACAAACUUCUCAUGAUCAGGGGGAAAACAAUUUCAGUGGCGGAACCAUACCAAGCAUUUCAAGUUCGGGUCCAGUUGAAGCGGCUUCAGUGGAUUUAAUUGGCAGUAAGAGUGGGUCUUACACUUGCGAUUUUGCCAUUGACCCUCUUUGGCCACUAUGUAUCUUCGAACUUCGGGGGAAAUGCAACAAUGAUGAGUGUUCUUGGCAACAUGUUAGAGACUACUCUUCUGGCAGUAGAAUGAAGAUGACAUUGGAUAACGAUGACAAGGUUGGAUCACCAACUGAAGGACAGAUAUUUGCUUCCACAAGAACUCUCACCAAGUCGCUUGACUGCCUUGGUUUGGCUCCCCCAACUUAUUUGGUUGGCUUGGAUGAUCUGAAAGCUGAUCUACAGUCAUGUAAAUCCAUUCUAAGUCCCAAAUACGGGCAACUGUGGGUUAAGUGCUUCAGUCUUUCCUUUGUUCUCUCAAAUCAGCUACACACCGAUCUGCCCUCUGAUGAGCCUUUAUUUCAUGGCACUAAUGCUCGUGUUGAGGUCCAAGGUGGUUGGAAUAGGCAAUCACUUUAUUUUCAGAGCAGAAAUGGAUCACCGGAUCCAUGCAAGGAACUAUCUACUGAUGCUGACGAGAUUGUAGAGAUGGCUCUUCUUAAUCUCGGUCAGGAGGCUAAUAAACCCAAGGGAAGGAUACAGGCUCUUGAACUCCUUGCUCGAGCUUUGGAAGCUAAUCCAAUGUCUGCAGUUCUCUGGAUUGUUUACCUGUUAAUUUACUAUAGCAGUCAGAAGUCUAUUGGGAAGGAUGAUAUGUUCAAAUGUGCGGUUGAGCACAGUGAAGGCUCUUACGAACUCUGGCUUUUCUAUAUCAAUAGUCGAACACAGCUGGAGGAGAGGCUGGCUGCAUAUGAUGCUGCACUGUUGGUCCUGUAUCGCCAUGCAUCUGCAUCUGACGUAACUGCCAGUGCCAGUGAUUGUAUAUUGGAUAUAUUCUUGCAGAUGAUGAGUUGUCUGUGCAUGUCUGAGAAUGUUGCUAAAGCCAUUGAGAAAAUCAAUGAGCUAUAUCCCACAGAAGAGAAAUCUGAUAACCCACUCAAACCGUCUCUUCCUGAUAUCAUUACAUGUUUAACCAUUUCUGAUAAAUGUAUUUUCUGGCUCUGUUGUGUGUACUUGGUUGUGUACAGGAGACUUCCUGAUGCUAUUGUGCAGCAGUUUGAAUAUCAGAAAGAACUUUCUUCCAUAGAUUGGCCAUCUGCUGAGUUGACCUCCGAUGAGAAGCGACGAGGUGUCUCUUUGAUGGAAUUAGCGGUAGAUUCUCUGGCAUUGUACAUCGACAGAGAGUCACUUGAAGAUGAAGCAAAUCUCAGGGCAGCACACCUGUUUUCUGUCAAUCACGUUAGAUGUAUAGUGGUACUUGAGGGUAUAGAAUGUAGUCGGAAUUUGUUAGAGAGAUAUGUCAAGUUGUAUCCAUCAUGUCUAGAACUCGUUUUGAUGUUAGCUCGGGCAGAGCAUGAUUUUGCAGAUGGAAGUUUUGAAGGUUUUGAAGAUGCUUUAGAUAACUGGUAUGAUGAAGUUCCUGGAGCGCAAUGUAUUUGGAACCAAUAUGUUGAAUGUGCACUCCAAGAUUGUAAAAGAGAUUUUGCGGAGGAAUUAAUGGCUCGAUGGUUCCAGUCUUCAUGGAAACACAGGUAUUCUAAAAAUAGUUGUCUGGAAACAGUAGAUAGUGACAACUCCCGGUCUUCACCGCAGUCUGCUUCAGUAUCUGAUAUUGCUGCUCUCUUUUCCAAUUCUAGCAAGAACGAUAUUGUAUUUGGGCUGCUGAACUGUUCCAUCUAUAAACUAUUACAAAAUGACUAUACUGAAGCUCAAUUAGCCAUUGAUAAGGCAUUGGAGGCUGCUUCUCCUGAGAAUUACAGUCACUGUGUGAGAGAGCAUCUCCUGUUCUUGACUGCAGAUAAUUUGCACGAUGAUGGGCAAGUAUUGAAACUUCUGUGUGGCUAUUUGGCUGAUAAACGUGCUUCCCUCACCUCUGAGCCAUUAUCCAGGCAAUUCGUCCAAAGAAUCAAGAAGCCUAGAGUCCGGCAGCUAGUUGGCAACUUGCUGUGUCCCGUGUCAUUGAAGCCUUACAUAGUGAACUCAGUUCUUGAAGCAUGGUAUGGCCCAUCUCUCUUACCUGAAAAGAAAGAUGAAGUCACUGAUUUUGUUGACAUGGUUGAGAGCUUAAUGUUGGUGCUUCCUUCCAACUAUCAUCUGGCAAUUACUGCCUGCAAGCAGUUAACCAGAACCUCAAAUACUGCUAAUGUACCGGGCAGCAUCUCUUUUUGGGCAAGCUGUCUCUUGAUAAGUGCAUUAUUUCAGGCUGUUCCUGUGGCACCAGAAUAUGUAUGGGUAGAAGCUGCAGAUAUUUUGCAAGAUCUUACAGGUUGUCGGUCCCCAUCUGUCAAAUUGCUGAAGAGAGCUCUUUCUAUAUAUCCAUUCUCUGUAAUGCUUUGGAAGCCUUAUCUCAAGUUGUCGGAGGCUGAAGGAAAUUCAGAAUCUGUAAAAGAAGCAGCAAGGGCAAAAGGCAUUAAACUUGAGUGACAACUUGCUUUAACAUCUUUUCUGAAGCAAAUUUUGGGAUAGCUUUUUGGUAGGGUAAUGAAUUGUGUAAAUCUGAAGAUAGAUACAAAUAGCAGCAGAAGACAACAGACCAGAUCUGUGUAGAGAGCUAGAGAAUUAUAUAGGAUUUUAUAAAUGUAUAGGAAAUCAUAUAGGUACAUUGCCAAAGAUUUUUCUCAGGGUGAAGCCAAUUUUGUUCAGAUGCAUUUUGUA